AUGUUUUGGGGGGAUCCAUUGUGGAGUGCCAGACUUUUGCACACAGACCCUGAAGCGAUUAAAGAUGCCCAUUACAGAUUUCUUCUCAGCGGCAGCAAUGUCAUAUCCACUGCCACAUACCAGGCUAGUGUGGAAGGAUUUGUCCAACACUUAGGAGUGACCUGUGACCGGGCCAGAGAGCUGCUGAUGUCUGGUGUCCAUCUGGCAAAAGACGCAUUGCAGAAAUUUCAAUCUGAAAAUAAAGAUGAGCCGAGACAUGGAUCGGUGGCUGGCUCUAUUGGACCGUAUGGCGCCUUUCUUCACGAUGGAUCUGAAUACACAGGGGACUAUGCUGUAAACAUGAACGUGGAGGAUCUGAUGUCGUGGCACCGUCCUCAGUUGGCGUGUUUGACCGCAGCAGGAGCAGACAUCAUCGCCUUUGAGACGAUUCCCAGUGUUAGAGAAGCCGAGGCUCUGGUUCAGCUGCUGAGAGAGUUCCCCAACACCAACGCCUGGCUCUCCUUCUCCUGCAAGGAUGAGAAGUGCAUUUCGGACGGUAGCCUGUUUUCCGGAGCGGUUCAGGUGGCUCUGAAAAACCCCCAGAUUGUGGCUGUGGGAGUGAACUGUUGUUCCCCAGAUCUGGUGGAGCCAGUUCUGGACUCGGCCAAAACCAAACUGAAGCCGGAGCUGAGCUGGGUGGUCUAUCCCAACAGCGGAGAGCAGUGGGACACACACAAGGGGUGGCUGGCUCAAGAGAAGAAAACAGGAUCACUUUCUCAAUUCUGUGAAAUCUGGAGGAGGCAAGGCGCAGGGUUAAUCGGAGGCUGCUGCCGCGUCGGGCCAGAGGAAAUCGCAAAGUUACACCAAAUAUUAAAACAGAAACCUUCAGACAAACAGAGCUAG